AUGGGGAUGUGGGCGUCGCUGGACGCGAUGUGGGAGAUGCCGGCCGAGAAGCGUAUUUUCGGGGCCGUGCUGCUCUUCUCCUGGACAGUGUAUCUUUGGGAGACCUUCCUAGCGCAGCGACAGAGACGGAUAUAUAAAACAACAACUCAUGUACCACUGGAGUUAGGACAGAUCAUGGAUUCAGAAACCUUUGAGAAAUCCCGACUGUAUCAGCUGGAUAAAAGUACUUUCAGCUUCUGGUCAGGACUCUAUUCAGAGAUUGAAGGCACUCUUAUUCUUCUUUUUGGAGGAAUUCCUUAUCUCUGGAGACUUUCUGGACGGUUCUGUGGCUAUGCUGGCUUUGGACCAGAAUAUGAGAUCACUCAGUCCUUGGUGUUUCUCCUGUUGGCUACGCUUUUCAGUGCAUUGACUGGUUUGCCAUGGAGUCUUUAUAAUACUUUUGUGAUAGAAGAAAAGCAUGGUUUCAAUCAACAGACUUUGGGCUUCUUCAUGAAAGAUGCAGUCAAGAAAUUUAUCGUGACUCAGUGCAUUUUAUUGCCUGUGUCUUCACUUCUACUUUAUAUUAUUAAAAUUGGGGGAGACUAUUUUUUUAUAUAUGCCUGGCUGUUCACAUUAGUUGUUUCUCUGGUGCUUGUCACAAUCUAUGCUGAUUAUAUUGCCCCUUUAUUUGACAAGUUCACACCUCUGCCUGAGGGAAAGCUUAAACAAGAAAUUGAAGUAAUGGCAAAGAGUAUUGACUUUCCUUUGACUAAGGUGUAUGUUGUUGAAGGAUCUAAACGCUCUUCCCACAGCAAUGCUUAUUUUUAUGGCUUCUUCAAGAACAAGCGCAUAGUUUUGUUUGACACUCUACUAGAAGAGUAUUCUGUACUAAACAAAGCCAUCCUGGAGGAGUCUGGCAUGGAAGCCCGCAAAGAUGGAGAAGGGGACAGUGAAGAAAUAAAAGCUAACGUUAAAAAUAAGAAACAAGGAUGUAAAAAUGAGGAAGUGCUUGCUGUACUGGGCCAUGAACUGGGACACUGGAAGUUGGGACACACAGUCAAAAAUAUCAUUAUCAGCCAGAUGAAUUCCUUCCUGUGUUUCUUCUUGUUUGCUGUAUUAAUUGGUCGAAAGGAGCUUUUUUCUGCAUUUGGUUUCUAUAACAGCCAACCCACUCUAAUUGGAUUAUUGAUCAUCUUCCAAUUUAUUUUUUCACCUUACAAUGAGGUUCUUUCUUUCUGCCUAACAGUCCUAAGCCGCAGAUUUGAGUUUCAAGCCGAUGCGUUUGCCAAGAAACUUGGAAAAGCUAAAGACUUAUAUUCUGCUUUAAUCAAACUGAACAAAGAUAACUUGGGAUUCCCUGUUUCGGACUGGCUGUUUUCAAUGUGGCAUUAUUCUCACCCUCCACUACUGGAGAGGCUUCAAGCUUUGGAAAGUUCAAAACAAGACUGAGGUGCCCAGGGUCUGCGACUGAAGACAUUUCUGAU